GGUUGUCCGCGGUUUCGAGUUUUCCACUUAGAUAUCCUUUAACUUUUAAGUUUUAAUGUUAACGUAAUAUUAAUUAAUAGUUAUUAGGUAUGUAAUGCGUAUAAUAAAUAUAUAAGUAUAUUCUUAUAUUAUUACACAUUUAUUCGCAUGUACAUUUUAAAUUAAAAUAUUACAAGUUUAAGAUUUUCAUUUUCUUCUGAUUUAAAUUAUAUCAGUUACACAACUUUUUUUUGAUGGAAUUGGACCAAGUUGUGGUAUUACGUCAUCUCAAAGAAUUAGGGUAUGAAAAUGUUGAAUCUCAUUUGCUUCAAAAAUUCAUGAAAGAUUUAAAAAAACUUAUCAAAUAUGAAAAACAUAAAAUGCUAGUUGAAGAAAAGGAAAAUUGUAAUGUUGGUUUAAACAAAAUAAGUUUAUUAGAAGAAAAACAAGAAAUUUCAUCAAACAAUUAUUGUAAAAAUCAGUGCUGUAAUAAAAAAAGUAAUGAUGUCUUUGAAAGGUUGUCACGCCCAAGUUCAAAAACAAAAAUAUGUUCCAAAGCAGUAUCAACAAUAGGAGUUCAAACAGAUUUACAAAAUACAAAAACUAGAGAGAACAAAUAUUCACAAAUUUUAAAAAGAAAACAAAUGGAUCCAGUAUCAUUACAUCAAUAUUACCAAACAGAAUGGCAAAAUCAUAAAGUACCAGGUGAAAAAAAUCAUAAUGAUCUACGAUGGAAAAUUAGACAGACUAUGAUACGUAAAUAACUUAAUUUUAAGUUAAUUUUUCACUUAAUGUUAAGACAUUUCUAGAUAUUUGACUUAAAUUUAUAUUAAUACAUAAAUGUUUUUCAAUUCACAACAUUUUAAAAAUAUAUAUCUAUUUAGAAUUUCUAUAGGUACGGCUCAUAUUCAUUGUAUUAAAUACUUAAUGCCACCAGUGAUUAUAUGAGUAUGGUCAAUGAUGCACUAUUAUUAAUAUGUGUAUUAAUUGAAAUUAUAAAUAUAAAAUAAUAAACUGAAAUCUUUGUAAAA